AUGAUCAAUCAUUCAUCAUCAUACAAUGAUUCAUAUUAUUGGCAUGAAAAUAAUUCAAAUUCAUACGAUAUUUAUGGUUCAAUACUGGUGGAAAUUCUUCAAUUUCAACAUCCAUCUCAUACACUUUUACAACAAAAUAGUUUCACUCAACAAGUUUAUCUUAAAUAUAAACAACAAUGUCUUGAUGUAAAACAUUUUCGUCAACAUGUAUUUGAAGAUUUUCAACAUGAAACUCUUUGUAAUCAUGAAGCUGAUUUUCGUGUUGAUGGUGCAUCAUUUCCACAACAAUUUUUUCCAACAAAAUCAAAUUAUAAAGAAUUUAGUGUUUUAGGAAGAAUUGAUAUUGGUUUAGGUAUUGGUGGUGGUGUGAUUAAUUCUAUACUUUAUAAUGUUGAUGAUGGUCAUCAAGAUGUUAUUUUUGAUCGUUUUCAAGGUGUUAAACUAGAUGUUAUUGAAGAAGGAACUCAUUUUAUGAUUUCAUGGCUUCAUAGACCAAUUAUAUUUGAUAUUCGUACACAACCACGAUCUGUUUCAUCAAUAACAGGAAUAAAAGGUAUAAAAGCUAGAAGAAAACAGUCAACUUCAGGAGAGAGUUUGAAAAUCUGUUGUACUAAGUCUCAAUUUGAUGCUAUUGAAUUGAUUACACAACGUACACUUAUUUCUCAACGUAUUAGUGAAUUAUUAAUAGAACGUGCUGCUCAAUUUGGUUUAUUACUUGAUGAUAUUUCAAUUACACAUUUAAGUUUUAGAUCUGAAUUUACAAGUGCUGUUGAGUUAAAACAAGUUGCACAACAAGAUGUUGAAAAACAACGAUUUUUAGUCGAAAAAACUGAACAAAGUCGUCAAGCAAAUGUUAUUGCAGUAGAAGAUGAUGCUCAUGCAGCUGAUUUGAUUGGCAAAGCUUUAGAUGAAGUUGGUGAUAGUUUGAUCGAACUUCGACGAAUUGAAACCGCUGAAGGUAUUGCAAAUCAAUUAUCAAAAUCAAGAAAUAGCAUCUAUUUACCCCAUGGUCCUCAAAUGUUACGUAACAUUACUGGUGCUAUGCAAUAA